CUCUGGGCUCUUCCUUUCUGUCUGUCUCAGCCUCUCCUCCUCGUCCACGGCUUCUGUCUCCCCGCUGCCAACUCCUCUUCUGGUCACUCACCCCUCCAGGCGACGAUGUCGGCCCAGGACAGCUGCCUCAGCCUCAUCAAGUACCUCCUCUUCGUUUUCAACCUCUUCUUUUUCGUCCUGGGCAGCCUGAUUUUCUGCUUCGGUAUCUGGAUACUCGUGGACAAGACCAGCUUCGUGUCAUUUGUGGGCUUGUCCUUCAUGCCGCUGCAGAUCUGGUCCAAGGCGCUGGCCAUCUCAGGGGUCCUCACCAUGGGCCUGGCCCUCCUGGGCUGCGUGGGGGCCCUGAAGGAGCUCCGCUGCCUCCUGAGCCUGUACUUUGGGAUGCUGCUGCUCCUUUUUGUCACCCAGAUCACUCUGGGGAUCCUCAUCUCCACUCAGAAGACCCGGCUGGAGCGGAAGGUGAGGGACAUCGUGCAGGAGACGAUCCAAAACUACCGCUCCGACCCGGAGAGGUCCGCGGCCGAGGAGAGCUGGGACUACGUGCAGUUCCAGCUGCGCUGCUGCGGCUGGAACUCUCCUCAGGACUGGUUCCGUGUCCCCAGCUUGAGCAACAACGCGUCGGUGUUCCGCGUGCCCUGCUCCUGCCAUAACUCAUCGGGGACCAACCACUCGGCGAUCUUCGAUGUCAUGUCCCCCGCCCAGUUCAGCCGGGGCGGCCCGCUGGCGCGGCCCCGACACAGCGCAGACCUGUGCACGGCCCCCGGCAACAGCAGCUACCGCGAGGGCUGCGCGCGGAGCCUCCAGAAGUGGCUGCACAACAACCUCAUCUCCAUCGUGGGCAUCUGCCUGGGCGUCGGCCUCCUCGAGGUGAGUGUGGUGGGGCUGAGCCUGCUGCGGCCUCGCAGGGCAAUCCGCCCGAAACCCCCGCCGCAGGCGCGGGGCGCCGAGGGUUCGUGCCCAGGGCCCGGCCUGAGCGCUGAUGGCGGCAACGGGCGAGGCGGUGUGCUGAGCAGCAGCGGGCGUAGCGGCAGCCUGUGGGGUGGCUGGGGCAUGGCGGAUGCUUGCCCCAACUGGGGGGACAAGGCCCCGCAGGGCAAGCUGCCCAUGGCCCUGGGGCCCUGGCCGUUUUGGGAUCAAGACGAGGAACAGCCUGAGACCGGGAGCGCGGGCGCAGAGGUGGAGGCCCAGGUGGAACUAGAGGCGGAGGCAGAGGGGAAGACAGAUGAGCCCCCAGAAUAAAGGAUCCUGGGCCUGC